CUCCCGAGCCGGUAACAGUUAACCAAAAACCAGCAAGCGAGUUAGAUCGAGGCAAGCAACGUGAAAUAUUCUGCAAGUGCAAGUGCAUCAUCAGUGCAAAAGUGUGAUAGUUUUACAAGUGAAAAGUUGAAAGUUUUACAACUUUGCUAUUGAAUUUUGUUUUUGGAGAAAAAGCAGUUAAAAACAAGCAAGAUGCCGGAAGCCGCCGCCGAUGUGGAAACCUUUGCGUUCCAGGCUGAGAUCGCUCAGCUGAUGUCGCUGAUCAUCAACACCUUCUACUCGAACAAGGAAAUCUUCCUGCGUGAGUUGAUCUCCAACUCGUCCGAUGCCCUGGACAAGAUCCGCUACGAGUCGCUGACCGAUCCCUCAAAAUUGGACAGCGGCAAGGAGCUGUACAUCAAGCUGAUCCCGAACAAGGAAGCCGGCACCCUGACCAUCAUCGACACCGGUAUCGGAAUGACCAAGGCCGAUCUGGUCAACAACCUGGGAACGAUCGCCAAGUCCGGUACCAAAGCGUUCAUGGAAGCCCUGCAGGCCGGAGCCGACAUCAGCAUGAUUGGUCAGUUCGGUGUGGGUUUCUACUCGUCCUAUCUGGUGGCCGAUAAGGUCGUCGUCACGUCCAAGAGCAACGAUGAUGAACAGUACGUGUGGGAAUCGUCCGCUGGAGGUUCUUUCACCGUUCGCCAGGACACCGGUGAACCCCUUGGCCGUGGAACCAAGAUCGUCCUCCACAUCAAGGAAGAUCAGCUGGAAUACCUGGAGGAAAGCAAGAUCAAGGCCAUCGUGAACAAGCACUCGCAGUUCAUCGGUUACCCAAUCAAGCUCCUCGUUGAGAAGGAACGCGAGAAGGAAGUCAGCGAUGAUGAAGCCGAAGAGAAGGACGAGGAAAAGAAGGAAGAAGACAAGAAGGACGAACCCAAGAUCGAAGACGUCGAGGAUGACGAAGAGAAGAAGGACAAGAAGAAGAAGACCGUCAAGGUCAAGUACACCGAAGACGAAGAGCUCAACAAGACCAAGCCCAUCUGGACUCGUAAUGCCGACGAUAUCUCCCAGGAAGAAUACGGCGAGUUCUACAAAUCGCUCACCAACGACUGGGAAGACCAUCUUGCUGUCAAGCACUUCUCCGUCGAAGGCCAGCUGGACUUCCGUGCACUGCUCUUCGUGCCCCGUCGUAUGCCUUUCGACCUCUUCGAGAACAAGAAGAAGAAGAACAACAUCAAGCUGUACGUCCGUCGUGUCUUCAUCAUGGACAACUGCGAGGAACUGAUCCCCGACUACCUGAACUUCAUCAAGGGUGUCGUCGAUUCGGAAGAUUUGCCUCUGAACAUCUCCCGUGAAAUGUUGCAGCAGAACAAGAUCCUCAAGGUCAUCCGCAAGAAUCUGGUCAAGAAAUGCCUGGAACUGUUCGAGGAACUUGCUGAAGACAAGGAAACCUACAAGAAGUUCUACGACCAGUUCAGCAAGAACCUGAAGCUCGGCAUCCACGAAGACACCUCCAACCGUCAGAAGUUGGCCGACCUCCUGCGCUUCAACACGUCCGCCUCUGGAGACGAGUACUGCUCCCUGGGCGAUUACGUUGGCCGCAUGAAGGAGAACCAGAAGCACAUCUACUUCAUCACUGGCGAAAGCGUCGAGCAGGUCAAGAACUCGGCCUUCGUCGAGCGCGUCAAGAAGCGUGGAUUCGAGGUCAUCUACAUGACUGAGGCCAUCGACGAGUACGUCAUCCAGCAGCUGAAGGAAUACCAGGGCAAGCAGCUGGUCUCCGUCACCAAGGAAGGCUUGGAACUGCCAGAAGACGAGGAAGAGAAGAAGAAGCGCGAGGAGGAUAAGGCCAAGUUCGAGAACCUCUGCAAGGUCAUGAAGUCCGUGCUGGACAACAAGGUCGAGAAGGUCGUCGUUUCGAACCGUCUGGUUGAUUCCCCAUGCUGUAUCGUCACCUCUCAGUACGGAUGGUCCGCCAACAUGGAACGUAUCAUGAAGGCUCAGGCCCUCCGCGAUUCCUCUGCCAUGGGCUACAUGGCCGGCAAGAAGCACAUGGAAAUCAACCCUGACCACUCGAUCAUCGAAACCCUCCGUCAGCGUGCCGAAGCCGACAAGAACGACAAGGCCGUUAAGGAUCUGGUCAUCCUGCUGUUCGAGACUGCCCUGCUCUCAUCUGGUUUCUCCCUGGAUGAACCUGGAGUGCAUGCCUCCCGCAUUUACCGCAUGGUCAAGCUGGGUCUUGGAAUCGACGAGGAUGAGGCCAUGAGCACCGAAGAAUCCGCUCCGGCUGCCGGCGGUGAUGCCCCACCACUAGUGGACGACGCCGAGGACGCUUCGCACAUGGAGGAAGUCGAUUAAGCGGCGAUCUCUCUUCCCCCACACUAGCGCUAGAUUAAUUUAUUCAAAUUGACGCCCCCGGUUUUAACUAAUUUCAAACAGGAUUUUUAGUAAGCGUGGGUAUAACUUUUACGUUACUUUCCAAUUUUUGUUCCGCGUUCUAGCGGCUGCAAGGAACAACAAAGAUGUACAUUCUUGUCAUUUAUUAGCAGUUAACGGACGAAUAUGCAUUCGAACUGAUUAUCUUUAAUAAAAAGUGAAUUUUCAAAUAAAUCGUUAGUAAAAUGUAAAA